UGACAGUGGACUCGAGGCUCGAGGAGAAGUUUUACUGUAUGUAUUGUACAUACUUUUAGUAGAAUUUAUUUUCAAAAUGGCCGCAACGAGAAGAUUGCAAAAGGAGCUCGGCGACCUGAGGGCGUCGGCGAUGAAAAAUUUUACAAAUAUUCAAGUAGACGAGUCUAACAUCCUCACCUGGCAGGGCCUCAUUUUGCCGGAUAAUCCACCAUAUAACAAAGGAGCAUUUCGCAUUGAAAUCAAUUUUCCUGCAGAAUAUCCAUUUAAACCACCAAGAAUAAAUUUUAAAACAAAGAUAUAUCAUCCAAAUGUAGAUGAAAAAGGCCAGAUAUGUUUACCAAUUAUAAGUGCUGAAAAUUGGAAACCUGCUACAAAAACGGAUCAAGUGAUCCAAGCUUUAAUAGCAUUAGUGAAUGAUCCUGAACCAGAACAUCCACUGAGAGCAGAUUUAGCAGAAGAGUUUCUGAAGGAUAGAAAAAAGUUUUUAAAGAAUGCCGAAGAAUUUACGAAAAAGCAUGCCGAGAAAAGACGGGAAUCAUCAUCUUCUAACGAAUAACCCCGAGUAAUUAAUUUUACUCACUGUCACCACCGCGAUGCCUGCCGCCCGUCAGCUGAUUUGAAGUCAAGCCAAUGUAUACCUGUCUGUUAAUCCCCGUGGAAUCUCAUAGAUUCAAGUUGAGAUGACUAUGUACAGUAUUGGUUAAUCCCGACGAUAUGACUAUACGCAAAUUGUAAUGUUUAUAAGUGAAGAACUUUUCAGAGUACAGUAAAGUAUGAUAAAUAACUCUGUAUCAUAUUGUAUACAAUUUAUACUUGUCAUAUGCAGUUAUACUUUGGUUUAUUCUAUAUCUAAUCGUUACAUUCCAGCUUAAUUCUGUAGGAAUGUAUACGAUGAUGAAAAUGGUUCAACAUAGAACCGUCAUGUUUGUCAGAUGUAGCAACGUAUAUAUAAUACAGUAUGUAUUAAAGUACAUAUAAUUUCCAAUGUCGUUUAAGAUGUUAAUUUAUGAUUGCAUUUCGAAUUUAUAGCUACCGCUUUAUAACUGUUACUAAUAUUAAGAUUACGCAUAAUAAAAGAUGAACAAUGUUUUCUCUCAA